CUGCCUAGGGCUUGUCAUUAUCGCUGUUGCUGCCGCACUAUGGCUUUCGUGACCAGGCAGUUCGUGCGCUCCGUGUCCUCCUCUUCCACCGCCUCGGCCUCUGCGAAGAAAAUCGUCUUCAAGCAUGUGACAGUCAUCGGCAGCGGACUUAUGGGGGCCGGUAUCGCCCAGGUUGCUGCAGCAACUGGCCACACAGUAGUGCUGGUUGACCAGACAGAGGACAUCCUGGCAAAAUCUAAAAAGGGAAUUGAGGAAAGCCUUAAGAAAGUGGCCAAGAAGAAGUUUGCAGAGAACCCUAAGGCCACUGAUGAAUUUGUUCAAAAGACCCUGAGCAGCAUAUCGACCAGUACGGAUGCAGCAUCUGUGGUCCACAGCACGGACCUGGUGGUGGAGGCCAUCGUUGAGAAUCUGAAAGUGAAGAAUGAGCUCUUCGCAAGGCUGGACAAGUUUGCUGCUGAACACACGAUCUUUGCCAGCAACACUUCCUCUUUGCAAAUCACAAGCAUAGCCAAUGCCACCAGCAGACAAGACCGAUUCGCCGGGCUCCACUUCUUCAACCCAGUGCCCGUAAUGAAACUCGUGGAGGUCAUUAAAACACCCAUGACCAGCCAGAAGACAUUUGAAUCUCUAAUGGACUUUAGCAAAGCCCUGGGGAAGCAUCCUGUUUCUUGCAAGGACACUCCCGGGUUUAUUGUCAAUCGUCUGCUGGUGCCAUACCUCAUGGAAGCAAUCAGGCUUUAUGAACGAGGUGAUGCAUCCAAGGAGGACAUCGACACUGCUAUGAAGUUGGGAGCUGGGUACCCCAUGGGCCCAUUUGAGCUUGUUGACUAUGUUGGACUGGAUACUACAAAGUUCAUCUUGGAUGGGUGGCAAGAAAUGGAUGUAAAGAACCCCUUGUUUCAGCCCAGCCCAACCAUGAAUAAGCUGGUAGCAGAGAAGAAGUUGGGCAAGAAGACUGGAGAAGGAUUUUACAAAUACAAAUGAUGCACACCGUCUCUGGCUCCUAGGAGAGCCCGUUUAAGCGUGUACCAGCCAGCUGCCCAAGUGCCCUCAGGAAUGCUCUCUGGUCAGAUAUUCUCUCACACCACACAAUCUGUUCAGUGUGCAUUUUGAUUGU